CUUGGUUUGGCUUAUCUUCACAACUUACGAACUUACAUCAAGAUGGAGCAUUCUUCAGCGUCAAGAAAGACGUGCUCAUGAUGGUUGUAGACGCUCAACCAGCUGGUGCUUAUCUAUGUGCGCUCAGACUCUUCCUCUCCACUGGCUUCUAUAUAGCUCUCACUUACUCAUGUCAAAACUUGAAGUAUCAAGCACUGAGGGCGCCGAGUACCAGCCUGAGUAUGUCCAGCAGCCUGCCCCAGAACAGCCGGCGCACCCUCUCUCCUAGGCCAGCCAGGGUGGUCCUCAAUGGGGAUUAGGGGCGAUAAGCAACGAAUAUAGGAAGGGUUCCAACAAGUUGAACCCCAACGUUCGGCAUUCGACUUUGGCUCGUAUUACCGCAGCAGGCGCUUCGCCACUUCACAUAACCCUAUGGCUUACACGGUGACACCGGUACCUACUACUCGAUGACAAAUCGAGAACGUGUCGAAUUUCAAAUCCAGGCGAUAACCAUAGGUCACUUGGCUUGGCUUAUCGUCACAACUUACGAAUUGGCACCAAGAUGGCGGUACCCUCAGCGUCAAGAAAGACAUGUUCGUGAUGGAUUCAGGCGCUCGACCAGCCUGCUGUGUAUCACCACUA